GGGAUCUCCUUAAAUGCCUCUUGAUCAGCCACUGGUUCAGUAGUGACAGCCAUAGCAUAGGUCUAGGCUAGAGACCAUAGUUGACAGGGUCCUUGUCAGGAUUCUGUUGGUUCUUAGAUUGAUUCUACAGGUUUGUCAGUCAGGGGUUAGAGUCUACGUGGUGAGGAGUGGAAUCAUCCUGAUUGUGCACCUAUCACCAUGGUGGAGACCCGUACUGGGCUAGAGACUAACCCCUAUAGCAAGGAGCAGCAAGAAAAGAUGGCCGUCUUCGUCAGAGAGAACAAAGAGAGAAAAGAGCGCGAGAAGCAGGCGAAGCUAAAGGCUAUCGCCGACGAGCAAGCGGCGAAGAUGAAGACGUUGGAGGAGGAGAUGAAGAGGGUACAAAAGGAGGAGGAAGAAAAAAGGAAUGCUGUCGAAGCAGAAGCGGCAGCAGAAGAAGAGAAAGAGAGAAUGAGAAUUGGGAGUGGAGAAGAGAACAGUGGUGGCACGAUGAAGUGGGAGACAGAUACAAAGCUGGAGAAGAAGAUCAGCGAGUGGGUCGCUAAUUUAUCGUUGGGGGAAGACGAGGAGGCGGAGUCCUAUGUGACUAAGGAUAAGAAGGCUGCGCUGGCCGCUGAGCUAGCAGCCAUGACAGACCCAAUGGAACGAAGAGAGAGGGAAGACGAGCAAAAGUUAGCAUGGAAGUUGAGAAUGAAGAGGGAGAAGAAGAGGAGGAGAGAGGAAGUGAAUAAGAUGACCGCCGCAGUGGCAAAGGUGCAGGAGUGUAGAGUAGAGGUGCUGGCCCAGCCAGAUGAUAAGGCCAAGUGGGACAAAGUAUUGGGCUAUUUAGAGGUGUUGAGCAAGGCCUAGAUGAAGGAGCGUCAAGCAAGCUGGAGCCUA